AUGAGCUCGACUGGUCAGCAUGCCAAUAUCGGUGACCCGGAUGACUACACGUACACUGAAGACCCGGCCGGUCAGCAGGUGAAAGUGCCGGUCUCGAAGGAGUACGUAUUCAAGGUGGUCAUACUCGGCGACUACAGCGUAGGGAAAACGUCUCUCAUCAAGCGGUUACUUUCUAUUCCGGCCUCCUGUGCAUCCCCAAGCCGCCAUGAGGAUUGCUCUGACAUGGACGACAGCGUCGGCGACAGUGAUGCUGAUGACGCGCUGGCCGCGGUGACGCCAACUGUAGGCACCGAUUUUUACUCACUCAUCCUACCUGAUGUUGUCCCUGGUGCGUCCGUGCGACUCCAAAUAUGGGACACGGCUGGACUGGAGAAGUAUGCGGCGAGCUACGAACGUACGUUGAGAAACGCGUCCUUCGUCAUCUGCGUCUUCGAUGUGACGAACCCCAGCAGCUUGCACAGUGUGGUAGACCGCCAUCUCUCCCUCGUUGCCGAGCACGUUCCUCACCUCGACCAGGCGGAUGUCAUGGUAGUGGCAAACAAAAUAGACAUAAUCGCCGAUGUGUCGACGAGCGGCACAGCGCUGCGCAGUGCGCGAAAACGGGCCCGGCUACCGGACAACGCGUUUGUAAUCGCCAUCGAUGAGGACGCUUCGACGGCCACGAACGACAGCAGCGCGGAUAUCUUCGCAAGCGCUGAGGGUGCUAGCGAGGACCCAAUUGUGACGGCACGCAAGGUGCAGGCGGAGGUGUUUGAUCUCUUCACCGAUGUCCACUACGCCGAGGUGAGCGCUAAGACGAAGCAGCAUCUUCGGGAAAUGCUGCAUGCCGUCUGCUACGCGCUGCUGCGAAACAGCGUCGGUGACAACCCGAACCUCCGGAUUCCCGAUGGAACACCACCGAGUGAGGUGCUCGCGCACACAGUAUUGCCACAGGCCGCCGGUGCGAACUGUUCGACAGGGGCCACUGUACCCAUCUUUUCAGCGCCUCAGCUUGACCCGGCCACCAUCAAGACGCCUCCUGCGGCGGUGCCGCGAGACUCGCCAACCACGGGCAGCUUGCGUCCACCACGAAGAACAACUUCCGCGCCCCCUGCCGCCAGUUGGCGUUCUACUGAGGCAUUUUCGUUUGACUUGGCGCCGACACAGUUCAGCUCUGAGGCGGUUUUCUCUCCGGUGGACGGAUCCGACGGUGCCAUUGACAAACCUGGCGGUGAUGGGUCUGCCCUGCUGCAUGUGGUCGCCAGUGGCGACAGCCCCGUUGAUGGGUCCUCCACCCGACUGCCGACGCCACGAGGGGAUCUUACAAAAGGAGUAGAUGCUGGCGACGUGCACCUUGACUCGACGGGUGGUUCGACGGAGCCGCGGACUGGGCCAGAUCCGAAAGAGGAUCCCAAGGCGCGAAAGGAGCGCGAGCAGGCAGAGAUGAAGGCUGUAUUGAGCCGUGCAGGCCGGAGGAAAGCGAACCCUAAUGGGGGCGACGCUGACACAGGUAGCUCGGCGGCAUGGUUGCAGGGUGAUGCAGAUAGGAUGGAAAACGACGUCGCUCUUGGGCUGAAAAAGGCCGGUGAUGCGUCGUCUGCUUCCUGCCGAGGACCUGUCUCCUCUAUCCUGGACUCGCACGGAGUCCAGGAUCAUGGUAAAGGUAAUCAAGGCAUCCGAGGCCGUGACUCUGACGAUGACGACGACGGUGUGCGCAUGCAGGUGCAGCUAAAGGAGCGAUUUGCCCAGAUAGAACACGACAUACGCCAGAACGCCACUGCAGCACAUCAGCGCGCCACGAAGGCCAAGAAGAAGACGAAAACGAAGGGAAAGUGCAACUGCUGCGUACUGUGA